AUGAUCGCGGUGGAGGGGGGUAUUGCGUAUUGGUGGUCAGAAAUCAUGGGAUUUCUGGAGCUGUUCGUCCUACUAGCUGGUGCUCCAUUCUUGACUGCAGCACCGGUGGAAAACCAGACCGACCAGGUGGUCAUGUGUGAUGGAGUCAUUUUCCAUAACGUGUACUAUGACAAGGAACUCCUGUUCACUGAACUUGGAAGGCCAUACAACUUGGUGAUGCACAAGUUUUCAGGCACUCUCUUCUUCAGUCACACCAUCCAAAAUGGUACUCAAGUAGACUUCGGCAUCAGGUCCUGCCAUCUUGAGAAGAAAACGUGCAGAGAAAUCAAAGGCGUCCCCGGGGGAUACGCCGUGGCUUACGACGGCGGCAAUGACGAUAUCUACUUCGGCGGUCAUGACGGCAUAUACAAAUACAAUUUCCUCACAAAAGCAGCGGAAUUUUUCGCCGAAGAGGGAAAGUCUAUCUGGGGAUUGUUUGUCCGACGAAACUUUUACUAUAUAGAGUACCCUACACAAAAACUUUUCGUCUACCAGGACGACAGUUUCGUUCAAGUGGCCGAAGCUAUCAAUAUAGAGGUUGACCAUUUCUUCGUGUCCAAGCAUAUCGAUGUUUACUUCUCAAACAAAACAGCGUUGUAUAAAGUCGAUAGGCCGAACAACGAAGCGGUAGUUUUAAACGAUGAGAUCGUUAUCCGUCAGAUAGUGGAGGAUAGUUAUGGAGACGUAUAUUUCUGUGCAGGUGACGGAAUAUAUCUUGAAGAUAAACCGUAUCAUAAACUUAAGAAGAUCGCUGAGAUCGAUCAGGCUUUCGGCAUGACUUUUGACGAUAAGGACCGUUUAAUAUAUUCUGACAAGGAUUCAAUAUACAGACUUAAUCCUAGUAAAUACAGUGGACUCUGUUUGAAUGCUAUAAUUAAUCCUGAAGACAGAGGCGAUGGAGCAUUAAGGAAGGCUUCGACAAGAUAA